GCAAAUGAGGCAGAUUUUGAAUCCUAAACAGUGCAACUGGAGUAUUUGUGUGAAUGUACCACUGGGAAAAUCUAAUAUGCUGUUGUUAAUCAAUGUCCUUCUCACCUCGUGGUUUUACACUGCUCAUGGACAGGGACUUCGUGAGGGGCAUCCUGUUUGCUGAUGACGGGGUCUUGUUUGCUGAUGACUGGAUCCUGUUUGCUGAUGACUGGUGGUCAGGUUCUCAGCUGGUGUUCCGCAAGAUCUUCUGUGUCUGGAGGUGUAUUCCUGACGUAUCCGUGGAGAGAGAUGUACUGCACGCGCACCUACUCUUCCACCAUCGUGGAUCUCAGUGUAUGGUAUAGAGCCCACACCUCCCUCCAAGUCAGGUUUGCUGUGGAAACAUGUUCGAAAAACAGUGUAAGAAUUGAGAAUGGAUUUUUGUCUGAAUCUGCCUUUAUGUAUCCCCUAAAUAAGCAAACAGAAUAUAAGUGUAAACCAGGAUAUGUAACAGCAGAUGGUAAGACAUCAGGAUUUAUUACAUGUCUGCAAAAUGGAUGGUCAGCUCAACCUGUAUGCAUUAAAUCCUGUGACAGGCCAGUAUUUGAGAAGGCCAGAGCCAAAAGUGGUGGCACGUGGUUCAGGCUGAACGACAGGCUGGACUACGAGUGUCUUGACGGGUAUGAGAACCGAGACGGACGCACCGCAGGCUCCAUAGUAUGUGGUCAAGACGGCUGGUCCGAUAAAGCUGCAUGCUACGAAAAAGAAUGCAGUAUUCCUGAAAUGGAUACAUACUUAGAUGCUUAUCCCAGGAAAGAAACAUUUAAAGUUGGAGAUGUGCUGAAAUUCUCUUGCAGUCAAGGCCGUAUUAUGGUCGGAGCAGAUUCAGUUCAGUGCUACCACUUUGGAUGGUCCCCUAAACUUCCAACGUGUAAAGAAGGGAACGUAAAAUCGUGUGCUCCACCUCCUCAUCUUCUCAGUGGGAAAGGGAAAGAAAUACACAAAGAAGAAUAUGCACACAAUGAGGUCGUGGAAUAUGCUUGCAACCCCAGAUUUCUGAUGAAGGGUUCUCAUAAAAUUCAGUGUGUUGAUGGAGAAUGGACAGCUUUACCUGUGUGUAUUGAGGAGGAGCGUAUCUGUGGAGAUAUACCUGACAUUGAUCACGGCGGUGUCAAGCUUUCUGUCCCUCCUUAUCACCAUGGAGACUCAGUAGAGUUCAGUUGCAGAGAAGCAUUUGCAAUGAUUGGACCCAGAUUUAUCACAUGUAUUAGUGGAGAGUGGACCCAGCCUCCUCAGUGCAUUGCAACAGAUGAACUUAAGAAGUGUAAAGGGUCAAAAUUAUUUCUACCUGAUGGAGAACUAGCACAUAAAAUUGAAUAUGACCACAACACCAACAAAAGUUACCAAUGCCGAGGAAAAUCAAAACUCAAACACUCAAUCUGUAUAAAUGGAAAAUGGGAUCCUAAAGUAACCUGCAAAGAAGAAGCACAAAUACAACCAUGCCCACCUCCACCUCAGAUUCCCAAUGCUCGAGAUAUGACAACUACAGUGAAAUAUCAGGAUGGAGAAAAAAUAUCAAUUCUAUGUAAGGAAAAUUAUUUGAUUCAAGAUGCAGAAGAGAUUGUGUGCAAGGAUGGGAGAUGGCAGUCAGUCCCACGUUGCAUUUAGGCGUGUGGAAUUUCAGAAGAAACAAUGAGAAAGCAUCACAUACAGUUAAGAUGGAAACACGAUCCAAAACUUUACUCUAAAACAGAAGAUAAUAUUGAAUUUAUGUGUCAAAGUGGUUAUCAUCCAGUGUCACCAGAUCAUACAUUUCGAACAACUUGUUGGGGAGG